UGACUACAUUACAUUGUUGAUGCACUUGAUUUGCGCCAUCUAGCGGAGCCACGUGUGUUUAUAACCACACCUCCAAAGAGGAAGUUUGUAAGUUGUCAUGCUUGAGGGUCAUACUGAGAUUGAAAGUAUGUCUAAUGCUGUUUUAAAAUUAAAUCCACCUCGUGCAACAUGUUAAAAUGUUGCAUUUAAUCGCGGUAGUAUGCAUACUUCUAGCGCCUGUGUAUUCAGAUUCAGGAUCACAUUCGUUGUGGGUCUUUGCUACCUUCUUGACCGGAGAUGUUUCGGUUCCAUUUCCAGAGUUUACCGCAGUUGUUACGUUGGAUGAUAUUGUCAUCGGUCACUAUAACUCCGACGAGAGCCGUUUUGUCCAGAAAAUACAAGAUGACUCGGUUAAUGUCACUGAGCAGUUGACCAUAUCAACAGUGUGUAAAGGCAUACACGAGGGCAUGAAAACCAAAGCAUACUACUUAAUAGAUUACUUAAAUUACACAAGAGGCCUUCACGUGCAGCAGAGGCUUGUUGGAUGUGAACUUCACCACCAUGAGCCUGGCAAAAUGAUGACCCUGGAGGCCUUUAAUGGUGAAAGUGGUUUUGAGAGACACUAUGACAUUCAGGGGGACCAGCACACUCACUGGAAAUGGCCUGUGAUAAAGAGUAGUGCGCAGUUAGAGUAUGACGCAUGGCUGUAUGCUUACUUUUAUCGCCCUCUGUGCAUCAGUCAGCUCAAGAAGUAUCUGAAAAAGGAGAAGAACCGGGUAACAGCUAGAGUUAAACCAAGACUGAGAGUGAUCGAACAAUCUAACAGUGACACAGGUGUAGUCCAGGUUACUUGCCUGGCAACUGGUUUUUACCCACGACACAUUAACCUGACCCUACUUCGGGAUGGCCAGCCGGUAAAUGAGGACCGGGUCACGGGUGGAGAACUUCUGCCUAAUGGUGAUGGAACGUACCAGAUGAGGAAAAGUGUUGAACUGGGUGCUGAAGAGCAGAGAGAAAAACACUCCUACACAUGCACUGUAAUUCAUCUUAGCCUGGAUAACAAGCUUGACAUCAGUAUAGAACCUGGUCCUGACCCAGUUAUUGUUAUUCCUUCUGUACUAUUGCUGCUGCUGUUGUGUGCAUUUGGAGCCCUGGCUUCUUUUAAAAUAUGGAGGAAGAUGUAUAAACCUGCCAGUCAGGUCAGCUACAUCUCUACCUCACAAGUUGACCAGACGUGAGAUCCUGAAGGGUUUUUCAUUUGCUUGUUCUAAAGGCACAUCAUUACUUAUUUACAUUUACAGAAGAAAAGGUAUUUGUAUUGAUUUCCAGAAAAAUAUCUAAACAUCUGUAAAAGAAGAUUUUAUGCUUAAAAAAAUAAUAAUUUCUUAGCACACCAGCAUUUAUGUAUUUGCCAUGUGCUUUCAUCCAAAGGGACUGACAGUGCAUUCAAGAAAUACAUUAUUUUUUAACAAUAUCUGUGAUCUCUGAGAUCAAAAUUGUUUUAAUUUACCAUAAACCUUAAUCCAAUUUGCUAAAUGUAUGCUUGCAAAUGAAAGAAUAUUAAAAUCCUAGUGGGGUAAGAAAAUUAGUAUCUGCAGUAAAUGUAUUAUUGGUGACAUGGCAGGCGUAUUUUUGUGUCCAUCCGGGGGCAUUAUGUACUAAAAUAACUUGAUACAUUUAUGAUGUCACUUUAUUCUAUACAACUUAUUUCGUUUAAAUACAGUUUCUGUUACAAAUUUUUGUUUUGAGAUAUCAAACUUGAAAUGACAGGCAGGGCAAUUGUCCAUACAAAUUAGCAGUGGCAAAAUUAUGUUAACAUUUUAAAAAAUUUAAAAUAAGAUCCUUUGGCUAUUUUGUUUGAAGAUUUUAAAAAAACGAGCUUGUUUUGCCAUUGACCCAUUCACACACACACACACACACACACACACACACACACACACUAGGAUUAAUAAUAUGAUUUUGCAGUACUUCUAACAUCUAACACAAGAUAUUACUGUAUUAAAUUUGUACAAACGUGUACGUUUAACUAUGAAUCAGUAUUUAUAUAAAUCUAGUACAUUUAUUUCAAUGCAAAAAUGUAUUGCCACCAGAACUCCUCAGUAUUUGUACUGUACACUUUUGUAUUUGUGAGACUGUUUACAUCAUUUUGAAUUAAUAAAAACAUGUAUUAUAUUUGUUAUAUAAUUCAGCCUCUUUAAUCUUGGUCUAUACCUACAUGCUUUAAUAUUCGCCAUAAUCCUGACUUUUAAUGGGACAAUGAAUCAACAUACUGCGGCAUGACGUCAUAACGCAAGCUUGAUCCAGAAAUGCCCUCGAGUCUCGAUUAAAUAUUAUUAAAAGUUAAUAUCUCCACUGUGGCUUU